AUGAUCGAAUAUGCAAAUAUGACAUAUAGCGAUGAGCAACGACUUGGAUUCGAAGUAUUAGAUAUCCAAACUAAAAAUUUGCCUGAGAAAUAUGUAUCGGAAUUUGACCACAUUUUUUCAUUUCACACUUUACAUUGGUGCAAAAACAUUCGACAAGCGUUUGAAAACAUUUAUCGCAUGCUUCGACCUGGUGGAACUAUGCUUACAUUAUUUGUAGCAUCUCAUGAUACAUUUAAUGUUUUUGAACUAAUGGCACAAGAUAUCCACUUUGCAUCAUACAUGGAAGAUGUAAAAAGAUGUAUUUCGCCGUAUUUUUAUUCAAAAAAUCCUCGCAAAGAAGUAAAAGAGUCACUUAAAAAUAUUGGAUUUGAAGUUUCCCAUUGCAGUCAUCGAGAAGCGACAUUUUCCGCUAAAGAUUCAAACAAAUUUUUAUCUGGGAUAAUGUCCAUAUCUGCAUUUUUGGAUAAGAUGCCACAUAAUCUCGCAAAGGAAUUCAAGGAUAAUUACGCACGUGAAUAUAUGAAAAGGAAGAUUAAAUAUACAUCAAUAUGUAAUAAUCAAGAGCAAACAUUUGUAUUAGAUGUAUACAAAGUGUUGAUAGUUUAUGCUCGAAAAGUUAUAUAAUAUUGCAUAUAUA